CAGCUUGAAAAGCGAAACUUACGACAAGAAACGAUACAGAUUCCUGUUAGACGUGUUGUCCGUACGAGUUAAACUCGACAAGAGCCACAACGGCGGCAAACUUUCGAGGGUUAUACACAUCAGAAACAUCCCGAACGAAGUGGCAGAUGGUGAAAUCAUCCAUCUUGGUGUCCCGUUUGGCCGCGUCACCAACGUCCUCGUUCUCAAAGGGAAAAAUCAGGCGUUCUUGGAAAUGGCGGAUGAAAAUGCUGCAGCGACAAUGGUAAAUUACUAUGCCUCUUCCAUAGCCCAGCUCCGUGGCAGACCAGUCUACGUUCAAUUCAGCAAUCAUCGGGAACUCAAAACCGAUCAAACACAUCCCAACAAUGCGAACUCAAACAACCAAGUUGCGAUUCCUGGACAGAACCAGGUGGCACAGACACAAGCAGAGACUCAAGGGGGGCCUAACACUGUUCUCAGAGUCAUUGUCGAGCAGAUGGUUUACCCAAUUUCCUUGGAUGUACUCUAUCAGAUAUUCACACGCUUUGGCAAAGUCCUGAAGAUCGUCACCUUCACAAAGAACAGUACCUUCCAGGCACUAAUACAGUACGCGGACAUGCUGUCAGCGCAAACAGCCAAACUCUCACUGGAGGGCCAGAACAUCUAUAAUUCCUGUUGCACGCUACGUAUCGACUACAGCAAGAUGCAGAACUUGAACGUAAAGUACAACAACGACAAGUCGAGGGAUUACACCAACCCCUCUUUGCCUACUGGGGACGCGAAUUUGGAUGCAGCAUCUCUCGCACUCGGUGGCGAGCUCCUUCCACAGUUGUUGAUGGGAGCUGGGUCUCAGCCACGCGCCAGAAUACCCGUGCUAACUAUAGCUUGUAAAUUUCCUGAAGUAGAGUCCAUUGCAGGGGCACCGGGUGUGCUGCCCACGCCCUUUGCGGCCAUGCACGGUCUACCCUCGCCCCUUGCUGGCCCUUACAACGGGGUGCCACCUGCCGGCGGAUUGGCUGGCCUGGGUGGCUUCCCUAUAGGUGCAGCUGGCCUUGGGGUGCGCGUACCCGCGAACGCGCAAACCUCUGCGGUGCUGCUCGUCAGUAACUUGAACGAGGAGAUGGUCACGCCUGACGCUCUCUUUACCCUGUUUGGCGUUUACGGGGAUGUACAACGCGUGAAGAUUCUCUACAACAAGAAGGACUCGGCACUGAUUCAGAUGGCCGAACCGCAUCAGGCACACUUAGCGCUGACACACAUGGACAAAUUGCGAGUGUUUGGCAAGCAGAUCAAGGUGAUGCUGAGCAAACAUCAGACGGUUCAAUUACCGAAGGAAGGCCAGCCAGAUGCAGGAUUAACGAAAGAUUACACAAACAGUCCUCUUCAUCGAUUCAAAAAACCAGGCUCCAAGAAUUAUCAGAACAUCUAUCCACCAAGCUCCACUCUGCAUUUAUCCAAUAUUCCCACAACCGUAAACGAAGAGGAGAUCAGGGAUGCGUUCACCAAGAACGGUUUCACCGUGAAGGCAUUCAAGUUCUUCCCGAAAGACAGAAAAAUGGCGCUCAUACAGAUGCCUAGCAUGGACGAUGCUGUAGCUGCUUUGAUCAAAAUGCACAACUUCCAGCUGAGCGAGUCCAAUCACCUGAGAGUGUCAUUUUCCAAGAGCAACAUCUAACAAGAGUCACAAUCAAACGACCGGCAGUGGUACCAGCCCUACGCCCUAGUCCCCUUUUGGUCACCCGGCUCAGUGUACGACUGAUGAUGAUGACAAUGACGACGAUGAUCCUCGCCGUUUGGGUGCGGUCAGUCGCUUGGUCCCAUUCCCGCGACGCCAUUGGCUGGCCACCCUCUGGAUCUUGCCUGGAAAAACGAAGGAAAGACGCUUCCUCCUUCGAGAGGAGAUAAACACAUACACGCACACACAAACACACUCACACACACGCUGAUGCGGGUGUGUGAUCCAUUUCUAUUUUUCUCGACAAAAACAGUCUAGACCGUUGAAACAAAAAGAAGAAGAAAAAAAGCGUACAGACAGACACGAUUUUCUCCACCAUAUGAUCAUACAAACGUACAUACGUACAUACACACACACACAUACAGACAUGUUAUACAGAACAGGUAUAGAAAGUUACAAAAAAAAAAA